AUGAAGGUGCUCCGCAACGCAAUCUCGGGCACCCGGAACCGGUACACGGACGACGGCUACGACCUCGACCUGACCUACAUCAACGAACGGGUCCUCGCCAUGGGCUACCCGGCGACGGGCAUGGAGAAGACGUACCGCAACGACGUCGCCGACGUCGCGUCCUUCUUGAACAAGAAGCACCUUGACAAGUACCUCAUCUUCAACCUCAGCGAGCGCCAUUACGACAAGGCCAAGUUCAUGCAGCGCGUCGAAGAGUGCGGGUUCCCCGACCACCAUCCGCCGCCGCUCCAGGUGCUCCUCGACAUCAUCAACCGGAUGGCCGCGUGGUACAUGGCCGACGAAGAGAACGUGGUCGUCGUGCACUGCAUGGCCGGGAAGGGCCGCACCGGCGUCGUCGUCACGUGCUUUCUCAUUCUCAUGGGCAUUUACCACCAGUCGGACGAAGCGCUCGUCGACUACGUGCGGACCGUGAACGGUAUCUUUUGGAAGCGGCGCGGCCAAGGCGUCCGGUACCCUAGCCAAGCGCGCUAUAUCUACUACUUUGUCAAGCAACUCGCCGAGCUCCACGCACCGCCUGCCCACUUUCACUACCGUCUCCCAGACCUUCCUGCCGCGUCCCACCUCUUUCUACGACAAAUCGUCAUGACGGGCGUGCCCAACUUUGACAACGGCGGGUGCACGCCGUUCUUGCACGUGUUGCCGGCGCCGUCCGAGCACAUCAAGACGCCAAUCACGUACAACAGUGCGUGGGACUCGUCUUCGUUUGUGAGCUACCCGUCCGACCCGAUGACGCGCAUCGUCUUCCAGACCGAGUGUCAUUUGCAGGGGGACGUGCUCAUUCGCGUCUUCCACGCCAACGGCAGCGCGAUCCUCGGCAAAAAAGAGUCGCAAAUGUGCCACGUCACGGUACACACGGACUUUCUCCGGCACUCGCACAGCGUCACGCUGUUCAAGCAAGACAUUGAUGAUGCUGACGGCAACAAGCGGUUUCCCGACUCGUUCUCGAUCGAACUCGUGUUUGACAUCGCGCCGACCGACGAGCCGCACGCGCCGAGCGUCGCGGUCUCGCCACUCUCGACGUCCAUGUCGACGCACACGGUCAAGCGCGGCUUCCUCGUCAAGCAGGGCGGAUUCGUGCAAAACUGGAAGCGCCGCUGGUUCGUGCUCAAGGACGGCCGCCUCACGUACUAUAAAUCAGAGGAAAAGUUGCAGCCGCUUGGCUACGUGGCGCUCGAGGGCGCAACGAUCGAAGCGUGCAACGGCCGCGACGCCAAGCUGCCGCGCCACGGCUACUUCUUCAAGGUGGACCCGCCCAACUGCGCGCAAAAGAAGCGCGUGUACUACCUCGGCGCCGACACGCUCGACGAGAUGCACGACUGGAUGCGCGUCCUCAAGGAGCACUGCGCGUGUGUGCCCCCGCUGCUCUUGUACCGGUCGUCGUCGUCGUCCAUCUCAUUUCCCAAGCAAAUCAAGUCGGCCGACGCCCACACGCUUGGGCACAAGAUGAGCCAGACCUUUGUGAACGGCCCGUCGUCGGCGCCGUCGAUAGUCGAGAAGCAGCGGUCGACGCACCGGAGUUCGCUUCCGACGCGACCGACCAACUGGGUUAGCCAGCGCUUUGACGACUUCAUUGACGAUGACUUGCGCGGGUCGCUCCCGUCUGGUGUCGACAGCUACUACCAUUACGUGUACUCGACGGACCAACUCUUGACGGCGAGAGAGCUGCAGCGUCACCUCAAGGCCACGCACGAGUUUGAGUCGUUCCGGCGUCUUCCGCGCGCCGAUGCAAUGCAGAUCCUGCUGCUGCUCGUCGUCGAAAUGUACCCGAGCCUCCUCGACGCCGCCGAGGACGACGGCGACAACCUCCUCGAGAUGAUUGCGGAUCGAAGGGAUUUUUAACCCCCAAAUUUCACGUUCUUUUUCGUUGGCAA